AUGUCACACCUCCAGUAUGCCGCUGUGGGCCUCGCCGUCCUCAAGCGGAGCAUGGGCAACAACCCUGAUGCGCCCGACCAAGACACGCCGGAUGCUCCCAACUACAAACUGCCGCCGCUGACUUGGGGCCUCGUUGCCCUCAUCACGCUCAUAUUUGUGCCGGCCUUUCUUUUUACGUCCUAUUCGCUCAAGUCCGUCUACACGACGCUGGCCAUCGUGGAGAACCCGACGCCGGCUGCGUACGAGGCUGUUGCUGGUGAUGAGAAUGAUGCUGCCCCGGCCGCUGCCCCGAGCGCCGAUGAAGGUGCUGCCGACGAGGAGGCCGCUGCUCAGGCUACACCCCCCAGCAAGCCCGUCACGGCCAGCAUCCGCCGCACGUACAAGCUGCUCCGUGCUGCCAACGGCUGGCGUGGCAACUACCGCGGCUUCUGGCUGGCGGUCCUCAUCUUCAUCCUCGCCGCCGUGGGCACGACCGCUGUGGCGGCCAUUCCCUUCGUGCCGAGCUUAGUUGCUGCUCUGAUUGUGGCCCUCGGCCUUGUCCAGCUGCAAACUGCUUGGGUGCACACCGUCAUCCGCGCCACGCCGUCCUCCACCCCUGUGUGGCGCAACCUGCCGCCUUUCCGCCGCACCUUUGAGGCCACCUCCAUCCCCGCGUUCCUUCAGUGGGCCGCCGGCCUCGUCACCACCCUCGUCAGCGUGCUGCUGACCAAGGCCCUGGACCUCCCUAAGCACCACUCCGGCCCGCCGUACGAGGUACCGGCCUACUCGCACGACUUGAUCUGGAAGGUGAUUGUUCUCUUCGUGGUGGCCCUUGUGCUCGUCUUUGUCCUUUCCAUCCCCGCCAACGUCGUCCUCGUCCGCGUUCAGGCCAGCCUUCUGCCCCCUGACGAGGACACCGUCGUGCCGUUUGACCGCUCCUUCAACGGCACGGUCGAGCCCGCCGUCGUCGGCGGCCGCUCGUACGUCACGAUCCGCGAUGCCUUCCGCACGUUUUCGCGCGCCUCGUGGAAGCGCGUGUACUUGCUGUACAUCAAGUUGCAGGUGCUCUCGAUUAUCGUCAACGUCGUGUACCUGGCGAUUGUUGUUCCUCUUGUUGUCCUCACCAGCAGCAAGGUCGAGGGCCCUAACUAA